AUGGGGAAGUCCACUAUUUUGAAGAGCUUGGUUCGAUUUUGUGAUGCAGUGGAAAAUCUGUACACCAAGGACUACCUACGCAGACCUACGCCCAGGGACCUGCAACAGCUUCUACAAAAAGCUGAGUCCCGUGGAUUUCCUGGAAUAAUUGGUAGUAUUGACUGCAUGCACUGGCAAUGGAAAAAUUGUUCAUUUGCUUGGCAAGGGGAUUAUGGUAAUCGGAAAGGGCAGAAAAGCAUCAUCCUCGAAGCAGUUGCUAGUUUUGAUACCUGGGUUUGGCACGCCUUCUUUGGAGUUGCCGGCUCUCAAAAUGAUUUGAACGGCCUGGGGCAAUCCCCGGUGUUCAAUGAUAUUUUGAGAGGUGAAUGCCCAAAUAUCACAUAUCAAGUCAAUAAUACCAUCUAUCAGAACGGGUAUUAUCUAGCUGAUGGUAUCUACCCGAGAUGGACAACAUUUGUGAAAUCAAUUCCACAUCCCCGAUCCCAGAAGGAAAUUUUUUUUGCUGCCUAUCAAGAGGGGUACAGAAAAGAUGUGGAUAGGUACUUUGGUAUCCUUCAAGCUUGGUAG